AUGGUGCUGCUGGGCCUCGGCUGUGGUGCAGUGACACCGGCUGGUUUUGGGGAUGAUGUGCCGGCCCGCUAUGGAGGGGGGGGGCCGGCCGGGGCUGGAAGAGGGAGCAGCCGGCAAGGUGGCCCCCAGGCCGGCCAAAGGAUGUAUAAGCAGUCGAUGGCUCAGAGGGCCAGGACUAUGGCUCUCUACAACCCCAUCCCUGUCAAACAGAACUGCUUCACAGUCAACAGAUCCCUCUUCAUCUUCAGUGAAGAUAAUGUUAUACGGAAAUACGCCAAGAGAAUAACAGAAUGGCCUCCAUUUGAAUACAUGAUUUUAGCUACAAUCAUAGCCAAUUGCAUUGUGCUGGCUUUGGAACAACAUUUGCCGGAUGGAGACAAGACACCUAUGUCAGAGAGAUUGGAUGACACUGAGCCAUACUUUAUUGGAAUAUUUUGUUUUGAAGCUGGUAUAAAAAUCAUCGCUCUGGGGUUUGUUUUUCAUAAAGGCUCUUAUCUCCGAAAUGGUUGGAACGUGAUGGAUUUUGUGGUGGUCCUCACAGGGAUUCUAGCGACUGCUGGGACUGAUUUCGACCUGCGGACCCUGCGAGCCGUCCGAGUGUUACGACCCUUGAAGCUGGUGUCGGGAAUCCCAAGCUUGCAGGUUGUUCUCAAGUCCAUCAUGAAGGCAAUGGUGCCCUUGCUUCAGAUUGGGCUGCUCCUCUUCUUCGCCAUUGUGAUGUUUGCCAUCAUUGGGCUGGAGUUUUACAUGGGGAAGUUUCAUAAAACCUGCUUCUCUAACGAGACAGGUGAUGAGGUGGGAGAUUUUCCUUGCGGAGAGGAGCCUCCUGCCAGGCAGUGUGAGAGUGGGACCACCUGCAGGGAGUACUGGCAAGGGCCCAACUACGGCAUCACCAACUUUGACAAUAUCCUCUUUGCUGUGCUCACCGUCUUCCAGUGCAUCACCAUGGAGGGAUGGACAGACAUCCUCUACAAUACAAAUGAUGCUGCAGGAAAUACCUGGAACUGGCUUUACUUCAUCCCUCUCAUCAUCAUUGGCUCUUUCUUCAUGCUCAACUUGGUGCUGGGCGUCUUAUCAGGUGAAUUUGCCAAAGAACGAGAGAGGGUGGAAAAUCGUCGAGCUUUCCUGAAACUCCGAAGGCAACAGCAGAUUGAACGGGAACUAAAUGGAUACUUGGAGUGGAUCUUCAAAGCAGAGGAGGUCAUGCUAGCAGAGGAAGACAAGAAUGCGGAAGAGAAGUCUCCUCUGGACGGGAGGGCCGCCUCGGAAGGGCCGAUUCAACAAGGCACGGCACCGGCAGAGACUAGCAGCGGCAGCAGCUACAACAUGUUGAAAAGAGCUGCAAUAAAGAAGAGCAAAAAUGACCUGAUUCAUGCUGAAGAAGGGUCUCCUUUUGCCCGUGCCAGUUUGAAGAGCGGGAAGAACGAGAGCUCGUCCUACUUCAGGAGGAAAGAGAAAAUGUUCCGGUUCUUCAUCCGGCGCAUGGUGAAAGCUCAGAGCUUCUACUGGAUUGUCCUCUGCGUGGUUGCCCUCAACACGCUCUGCGUUGCGAUGGUGCACUAUGACCAGCCGGAGAAGCUUACCACAGCGCUGUAUUUCGCAGAGUUUGUUUUUCUGGGUCUGUUCCUUACUGAGAUGUCUUUAAAGAUGUAUGGACUGGGGCCAAGAAAUUACUUCCACUCUUCAUUCAACUGCUUUGACUUUGGGGUCAUCGUGGGAAGUAUAUUUGAAGUUAUUUGGGCUGCAGUGAAACCGGGUACCUCAUUUGGCAUCAGCGUAUUGAGAGCGCUUCGACUGCUGAGGAUUUUCAAAGUAACAAAGUACUGGAAUUCCCUGAGGAAUCUGGUGGUCUCCUUGCUGAACUCCAUGAAGUCCAUCAUCAGUUUGCUCUUCCUGCUGUUCCUGUUCAUUGUGGUAUUUGCUUUGCUGGGGAUGCAGCUCUUUGGAGGACAAUUCAAUUUCCAAGAUGAAACACCAACCACGAAUUUCGAUACCUUUCCUGCUGCCAUCCUCACAGUAUUCCAGAUCCUGACGGGGGAAGACUGGAACGCAGUGAUGUACCACGGGAUAGAGUCGCAGGGCGGCGUCCGCUCGGGGAUGUUCUCCUCCAUUUACUUCAUUGUCCUGACAUUGUUCGGUAACUAUACGCUCCUGAAUGUCUUCUUGGCUAUCGCUGUUGACAACCUGGCGAACGCCCAAGAGCUGACCAAGGAUGAGGAGGAGAUGGAGGAAGCCACCAAUCAAAAGCUCGCCCUGCAGAAGGCCAAGGAAGUGGCAGAAGUCAGCCCCAUGUCUGCAGCUAACAUUUCCAUAGCCGCCAAGCAGCAGAACUCCUCCAAAUCCAAGUCUGUUUGGGAGCAGAGGACCAGCCAGAUCCGGAUGCACAACUUCCGAGCCAGCUGCGAGGCACUGUACAAUGAGCUGGAUCCGGAGGAGCGGGUGCGUUACGCGACCACCCUUCACAUCAGGCCCGACAUGAAGACUCAUUUGGAUCGGCCACUGGUGGUCGAGCCGAGGGGCGAAGGGAGGAACAACAUCAGCAAGCUGAGCCCUGUGGACGUGCAGGAGGUGGAGCAGACCAAAGUCAGCUCUGCUGAUGGGGCAGAAGCUCCACGAAAGCACCACCGGCAUCGGGAUAAGGACAAACUGGGAGACCAAGAGAAGGGUGAUGUGACCAAGGAGGAGAAUGGGGAAUCAGGUGCCAACAAUAAGGAGGAGCGGCACAGGCAGCACAGAAGCCGCAGCAAGGAGGUGGAAGGGGGGAGUAAGGAAGGGAAAAGUGAUCGCAGCAGGGGCCAGGAAGGGGGAAAGAGGCACCAUCGCCGAGGGUCAGUGGAAGAAGGUGCCGAGAAGGAGCACCGUAGGCAUCGGACUCACCGGCACUCUGCCGAACGGCAAGGCAAGGAAGGCAACGGGACAAUCAACGGGGCCAGGAGCGAGCGGCGUUCCCGACACCGGGGAGGGUCGAGGUCUGGGAACAGGGAAGGAGAGCCUGGGUCCAAGGGCGAGAAUGGAGAAGAGCCUCACAGACGGCACAGGUUCAGGAACCGGGCACUGUCGACGUACGACUCGGUGGAGAAGGAGAACGGGGAGAAGGAGGGGGAGGCUGGUGAGAAGGAGCACCGGAAUCAUCAGCCCAAGGAGAACCAGUGUGAGAUAGAGGCUAGUGGAAGCGUGAGUGUCCCUGUGCACACCCUUCCCAGCACCUAUCUACAGAAAGUCCCGGAGCAGCCGGAAGAUGCCGACAACCAGAAGAACGUGACGCGGAUGAUUCAGCCGCCUCUGGACAAAACCACCACUGUGAACAUCCCUGUCACCAUCACUGCCCCACCGGGGGAAACCACUGUCAUACCAAUGAACAAUGUUGAAUUUGAAAGUAAAACAGAGGAGAAGAAAGACGUCGAUGACUUGACGAAAAACGGGCCUAAACCAAUCUUGCCUUACAGUUCCAUGUUUAUCCUAAGUCCUACAAAUCCGAUUCGGCGUCUAUUCCACUACAUCGUCAACCUGCGCUAUUUUGAGAUGGUCAUCCUCAUAGUUAUAGCCCUCAGCAGCAUCGCCCUGGCUGCAGAAGACCCCGUCCAAGCCGAGUCACCGAGGAACGAUGCUCUGAAAUACCUGGAUUAUAUAUUUACAGGUGUCUUUACCUUUGAGAUGGUGAUUAAGAUGAUUGACUUGGGGCUGUUACUGCACCCUGGCUCCUACUUCCGUGACCUGUGGAAUAUCCUGGACUUCAUUGUGGUCAGUGGUGCCUUGGUGGCAUUUGCCUUCUCAGGAACCAAAGGCAAGGACAUCAACACAAUCAAGUCACUGCGAGUUCUGCGGGUCCUAAGGCCACUGAAGACCAUUAAACGGCUGCCAAAACUAAAGGCUGUCUUCGACUGCGUAGUGAAUUCCCUGAAGAACGUCCUCAAUAUCCUCAUAGUUUACAUGCUCUUCAUGUUCAUUUUUGCUGUCAUUGCCGUGCAGCUCUUCAAAGGCAGAUUCUUUUACUGCACUGAUGAGUCGAAGGAGCUGGAGAAGGACUGCAGGGGUCAGUACCUCGAUUAUGAAAAAAAUGAGGUGGAGGCACAGCCCAGGGAAUGGAAAAAAUACGAGUUCCACUACGACAACGUGCUCUGGGCGCUGCUCACGCUCUUCACCGUCUCCACGGGUGAAGGGUGGCCAACUGUGCUGAAGCACUCGGUGGAUGCUACCUACGAGGAACAGGGUCCCAGCCCUGGCUACCGAAUGGAAAUGUCUAUCUUUUACGUGGUGUAUUUUGUUGUCUUCCCUUUUUUCUUUGUGAACAUCUUUGUGGCGUUAAUCAUCAUCACCUUCCAAGAGCAAGGAGAUAAAGUGAUGUCAGAGUGCAGCCUCGAGAAAAACGAGAGGGCCUGCAUAGACUUCGCCAUAAGUGCCAAGCCACUGACCCGCUACAUGCCUCAGAACAAGCAAUCUUUUCAGUACAAGAUGUGGAAAUUUGUGGUGUCCCCUCCCUUUGAGUAUUUUAUCAUGGUCAUGAUUGCACUCAAUACCAUUGUCCUAAUGAUGAAGUUCUAUGAUGCUCCAGAAGCAUAUGAAGAAAUGUUGAAAUGCCUGAAUAUUGUGUUUACAUCCAUGUUUUCAAUGGAAUGUGUGCUGAAGAUCAUUGCCUUUGGUGUGCUGAACUAUUUCCGAGAUGCCUGGAAUGUCUUUGAUUUUGUAACAGUGUUGGGAAGUAUUACUGAUAUUUUAGUAACAGAGAUUGCGGACACGGACAACUUCAUCAACCUCAGCUUCCUGCGGCUCUUCAGGGCAGCGAGACUCAUCAAGCUCCUUCGGCAGGGUUACACUAUCCGCAUCUUGCUCUGGACGUUUGUGCAGUCUUUUAAGGCCUUGCCUUAUGUGUGUCUCCUCAUUGCAAUGCUCUUCUUCAUCUACGCCAUUAUUGGCAUGCAGGUAUUUGGAAACAUUGCACUAGAUGAUGAAACCUCCAUUAAUCGGCACAAUAACUUCCGUACCUUCCUCCAAGCCCUGAUGCUUCUCUUCAGGAGUGCCACGGGGGAAGCCUGGCACGAGAUCAUGCUGUCGUGCCUGAGUAACAGAGCCUGCGACCCGCUCUCCGGCCUCACGAAAAACGAAUGUGGCAGCGAUUUCGCCUAUUUCUACUUCGUGUCCUUCAUCUUCCUGUGCUCAUUUCUGAUGUUGAACCUGUUUGUGGCUGUGAUUAUGGACAAUUUUGAAUACCUGACAAGAGACUCCUCCAUCCUUGGGCCCCACCAUUUGGAUGAGUUUGUUCGUGUCUGGGCUGAAUAUGACCCAGCUGCCUGUUGCCGGAUUCAUUAUAAGGAUAUGUACAAUUUGUUACGUGUAAUUGCUCCACCUCUGGGCUUAGGAAAGAAGUGCCCUCAUAGGGUGGCAUACAAGCGCCUGGUGAGGAUGAACAUGCCGAUCUCACCUGAAGAUUUAACCGUCCACUUCACGUCCACACUGAUGGCCUUGAUCCGCACUGCCCUAGAAAUUAAACUCGCCUCAGGGGGUGUCAAACAGCACCAGUGCGAUGCUGAGUUGAGAAAGGAGAUCUCGCUGGUUUGGCCCAAUCUGUCCCAGAAGACUCUGGAUUUGCUGGUGCCCCCUCACAAACCGGAUGAGAUGACUGUGGGGAAGGUCUACGCAGCGCUGAUGAUAUUUGACUUCUACAAGCAGAAUAAGAACAGCAGGGAACAAGUCCACCAGCCUCCUGGAGGCCUGUGCCAGCCCGGGCCGGUGUCUCUCUUCCACCCCUUGAAGGCCACUUUGGAGCAAACCCAACCCGCAGCAUUCAACAACGCAAAGGCGUUCCUUCGACAGAAAAGUUCAGCCUCACUCAACAACGGGGGCGCGUUGCCAGCCCCAGAGGGUGGAAUCAAAGAGUCCAGUUCUUGGGGGACCCAACGCACCCAGGAUGUGUUUUAUGAAACGAGGACACCAGCUUUUGAACGAGGCCACUCGGAAGAAAUCCCCAUUGAACGGGUGGUAGAAAUGAGGGAAAUCAGCCCCACACUUGCCAAUGGAGAGCACCAACCAGGCCUGGAGAGCCAGGGGCGGGCAGCUUCCAUGCCACGCCUGGCUGCUGAAACCCAGAGGAGCAAAGCACGGUCACCUGGGAGUUACCUGGCACCCAUCCCGGACACGAGCCCCAUGAAGCGCUCGGUCUCCACGCUGACCCCGCAGCGCCCUCACGCCAUGCACCUCUAUGAGUACUCCCUGGAGCGCAUGCCGCCGGAGCAGGGGCAUCACCACCACCACCACCGCUGCCACCGGCGGAAAGAGAAGAAGCAGAAGUCCUUGGACAGGUCCCCCCAUCAGCUGGCCGACGGAGAAGCUGUGGCCCAGUCUGGUGAGUCUUCUUCCAAGGACAAGAAGCAGGAACGUGGCCGGUCCCAGGAGAGGAAGCAGCACUCUUCCUCCUCCUCUGAAAAGCAGCGUUUCUACUCCUGUGACCGCUACGGCAGCCGAGACCGUUCUCAGCCCAAGUCUGCCGAUCAGAGCAGGCCCACCUCACCCAAUGGAGGGCCGGAGCAAGGUCCACACAGACAGGGCAGUGGUUCAGUUAAUGGGAGCCCCUUACUGUCGACAUCUGGUGCUAGUACCCCAUGCCGGGGUCGGAGGCAGCUCCCACAGACGCCACUGACCCCACGCCCCAGCAUCACUUACAAGACGACCAAACUCCGUCCCCCCCGGGCGGUGCCCCGCAUCGGCUCCGACCCUUACCUGGGCCACCGCGAUGACGCCGACAGCCCCUACCGCGCCGUGCCGGAGGACACCCUCACCUUCGAGGAGGCGGUGGCCACCAACUCGGGACGGUCCUCAAGGACUUCGUACGUCUCCUCCUUGACCUCCCAGUCUCACCAAAUCCGCAGGGUGCCCAACGGCUACCAUUACACGCUGGGUCUCAGCACGGGCCCCGGGACUGGCACCAGAGGACGUAGUUACUACCACGAAGCUGAUGAGGAUGACUGGUGCUAG